AUGAGGACAAAACUGUUUUUGAGGAACAACGUAUUGACCAAAUCUCCUCGUCGCAACGAUGAAAUCGAACACGUCCUAUGCAACAUCGGUAAAGUCAAGAAGGAGGUCGAUGAUGUUUUCGGCGACCAUGAAUGGGCCAUUGUAAUCUACAAUGGACUUCAUAAUUCGAGGAACGUUGGUCGCCACUCGACAGUUUUCGCCUUCGUGCAAGGCGGCCAAAACCUUUUUUUGCAAUGCUGGGCCGUGCACAUCUUCGAAAAUGGACGCACUGAUUAUUUCUUCGACCCGAGCCGCGAACUCCUACGUCAACAGAUGACGCCCGUUAGCAUAAUCUUCGCCAACGGUUUCGUCGCGCACACGGUGACCUUCAAAAGGGAUGGGAGGAUUACGGUGGAGUAA